UCAUUGUUUAUCUAAUGGUUUUGCAAUAUUUAUUUUAAUAUACUAUAGUUGUAAAAGUAUUUAAAAUGCAUUAAUAAGUGCAUAAGAAAUAAAUUCAUAAGAAUGUAUAAAACAGAGAGUGGCAGAAGAAUAGUCAAAGAGAAGACAAAUCUUGAAAUAAACCUAAAGUAAUAACAAAAAAAGAAAUUAAUGUAAGUUUUCGAAUACAUUAAAGAAGAACAAAAAAAUAUAUAUAUAUACAAACUUAAUAUCACAUUUUGUAAAUGAUAUCGUUGAAUUAUGUAUCAUAAAUUGAAAAAGUAAUUAAUCAAAAUAAUAAUCCUCAUAUAUAAUGUCGAGAAGUACAUUAAAUCUUUUAAACAAAUUUGUUUUACGAAAUUGUUUACAAAGAUAUAAGAUUGUUAAUGUAAAACAAAUAGAAAAUCGAACGUACACUUCUAAUGCUCAACAAUCCAAAGAAAGAAUUUUAGAAUGUUUAAAUGAAAGAUCCGUAUUACGUGUGAGUGGAAAUGAAUCAGCUUCAUUUUUACAAGGUUUAAUAACAAAUGAUAUAGGACAUUUACACGAAGGUUCUGCGAGUAUUUAUUCUUUAUUUUUAAAUGUCAAAGGUAGAGUUUUGUUCGAUACAAUUUUGUAUAAAAGCAAAGAAGAUAAUGUUUUUUACAUAGAAUGUGAUACUAAAGUAACCAAAUCUUUAGAGAAACAUUUAAAGAUGUAUAGGGUAAGAAAAAAGAUAGAUAUAUCGUUGUUAGAUAAAGAUAUGAAAGUUUGGUCAAUGUUUGAUCCAACCGAGAUUAUUAUUGACGAUAAAGAAAAUCAGAAUGAUACUUUGGAAGGUUCUAUUUUUCCUUGUGGUACUAAUAAUAAUAAAGGCAGCAAAUUUAUAGACAAUGUUAUAAUAUGCGAAGAUCCUAGAUCAUCCAGUUUUGGUUUAAGAAUUCUUGCUGAAUCAAAUAUCGAAAGAUCUGAAAUUAUCAAAUAUUUGGAUCCAAAUAUCGCAAUUUGUCAAGAUGCUUUCAGUUAUAAGGAAUAUAGAUACAAAAAUGGUCUUGGCGAAGGUGUUAAUGAUUUACCACCAGGCAAACCAUUACCUUUAGAAAUCAAUUGUGAUUAUUUACAUGGUGUUAGUUUUUACAAAGGCUGUUAUAUCGGACAAGAAUUAACAGCUCGUACUUAUCAUACUGGCGUAGUAAGAAAACGUUUGCUACCUUUAAUGUUUGAUCAAAUUCCAACUGUAUCUUUUGAAUUCGAUGAGAAAAUUAUUGAUGAGUCUGGUAAAGUGAUAGGCAGUUAUCGGGGACAUAUUAAUAAACACGGUUUAGGAUUAAUGAGAUUGAAUGAAACAUUUAAUGCUAAAAAAAUUGAAAUACAAGGAUAUCCAGUUAAAAUAAUAAAACCUGUGUGGUGGCCACGUGAUUCUAAAAUAGGUGUAUCUACUCAAUAAACAAAUUAAAUUUAAUUCAUUAUUUUAUUUAUAUUAUUAUUAUUAUAUGUGGAUUAUA